UAAUAAGGCGAUUUCCCAUAUAUCAAAAUGAGUGUCGAUCUUAAAAGAAGGUUAGGUUUUCUUCAAACAAGAUAGCACACAGAAACGGUACAAUCGUUCCUCUAUUAAGUGGGUCAAAAUCACCCUCUAGGUUGAUUUCAUCUCAUACAACCAUCAUCGACGGCGACACCCUCUUGAAAUAUGGCCGGAAGAGAAGUCCGGGAAUACACCAAUCUUUCAGAUCCUAAAGAUAAGAAAUUAGGAAAGGGGAAAGAUAGAAUAGAUGAUGAAGAUAUCACUUUUCAACGCAUGGUUGCUAAGAUGCAAGAGGUAGCAGGAGAACGUGGUGGCUACCUACAUGGUCGAGGGGCAUUGGACAGUGAUGAUCUGCUCUAUCUCAAGGAGCAGAUGGAAGCAGAAGAAGAUGCAGAACGCCUGUUACGUGGAAUUUUUUUCAUUGCUUUAUCUUUGACUUGUUAUAACAAAGCUGCAAGUUUAGCUGAUUCCGCCCCAGCUUCAAUUCCAUUGCCACUCCGAGUUGAGCCAAAGCCAAAGACUGGAAUAAGACAACAAGAUUUACUGAAAAAAGUUGUGGAAGUGAAGCCUAAGAAGCAGAAGGUUUCAACAAAAAGUAGUGGUGACAUGUCCACUGUUUCAUCAGAAUGUAAGAAGCCACAGAUUAAUAAUGUAGAAGAAGAUAAGAACCCAAUUAAGAGCUUACUUGCAGCAUAUGAGAGUUCAGAUGAUGAUGAUUAAGUGGUUUGUUGAUGAAACAGUGAAUGGUUAUAUAAAACUUUUGUAAUUGUAGUUUCAAAGUUAGUAGCAGUCUUAAUUAACCCAUGGAAAAUUCAGAUUGAAAGUUUUGAUCUUACUUUGAUGUUAUACAUUUAUGUCAAC